UUUGCAGCCGUGUACGAGCUGUCUCGGCUCCUGAACACUGGUCUGGACCGCGACACCCUGGCCAUCCUCAUGGCGCUCAUCCAGAAGGGCGUGAACCCGGAGGCGCUGGCUGCAGUGGUGAAGGACCUUAGGAAGGACGCAGCAGAGCAGCAG